AUGACCACGAGACUGCAAUGCAACCCCAGUUCAAAUGAAUCUCUGCCCUGGGACUGGCCUUCUCCAUCACCAACUCCUGGGUUGGAUAUUUGCAACUUCGGUCAGAAUCUCAUCUAUGGCGGCUCACAGGUCGUCAUCUUCGGUCUCAUCGUUGCAUUCGCCGCGCAAUUCAUCAUCACACUGGGCCUUAAGAAGACGAAACGCUUCGCUGCUUUCGUUAUCGGGUGGAUGUCAAUACUCGCUUGGUGGAUUGUCACGUCCUCGGGACUUUCCCUGGCCGCCGUUUCUGUCUGUUGGGUGGCACGUCUCUUCCAUCCUUCUUACGAAAUUCAAUCAUACCAUGUCUGGCUGGCUUUUGUUGCGGUUGCCUUCAUCACCAUCCUCCCGCUCUUCUUCGCACCUAGCAAAAUUUCAGUCACGGUCCAAGCAACGCUCUUCUUGUCCAUUCUUGGAGUCCUAUUGGCGUUCAUCAUCACCCUUGCAACACGGCAGCAGACUCAGCCGGCAUCGUGGAUUGUCCAAGAUCGUCUUGGAACCAGUGGAUGGAGCGACGGCACUGCCUGGCUCCUUGGUGUGACAAACGCCAUGUAUGCCUUUGGCGGUACUGACGGAGUCAUCCACAUCAGCGAAGAGAUGGCACAGCCCGGACGGAGAGUGCCACAAGUCAUGAGCGGAACCAUGUUCAUUGGACUUUUAACCACACUGUCUCUGUUCUUGGUGCUGAUGUUCUGCAUGAACGACCUCGAUGCUGUCAUCAGCUCUUCUUUGCCGAGUCUGGAGAUUGUUUAUCAGGCCACGGGGAGCAAGGCAGCCACCGCAUUCGUCAUCAUAUGGAUUGUCGCGAUCUAUAUCCUGGCAAUCUCAUCCCAAUGGGUGACAUCCGGACGAAUCGCUUGGGCAUUUGCUCGCGACGGCGGCGUACCAUUCUCGCAUUACUUCUCCAAGGUCGAUGCCCGGUUUGGCUUCCCUGUCCGCACGACAAUCGCGGCCUUCCUCUUCUGCUGCUGCUACGGUUUGCUCUUCCUGGCGUCGACAACCGCAUUUAAUUCGAUCGUCACUGCCGCCGUCCUUUUCCUCAACAUCACAUACGCCGUUCCGCAAGCGAUCGUGCUCUUCAAUGGCAGAAGCAAGAGCCUUCCGCCACGAUAUCUCAAAACCGGGAUACUUCUGCAACGGGUUCUCCAUGUUAUGGAUCAUAGUCUUGGGUACAAUGAUUUGCUUCCCACCUCACCUGCCCGUCUCGGUGGCAGCGAUGAACUAUACAAGCCCCAUUAUCGUCGGACUCUUCGCGCAGAUUAUUCUUUGCUGGUUCACAGUCGGAAAGACAUUCCAGGGUCCUCAUAUCCAAUGGGAUUUGAUUCAGUCUGCCAAUAA